AUGAAUUCGCUAACAUAUUGUGAAUCGUCUUUGCCAAAAGACUCUAAUAAAUGGCAAUCAGAAGAUGAUGAGGGAAAUCAAAAACAAAAUGCUAGACAUCCGCUGCCUCAAAAGGUACUAAAGCAGUGUCAGGAACCAAUACCUUCGCCAACUAAUUUCAGAGCUAUUCGAAUUUCAGAGCUUUGUUUGCCAAUGAACAAUCCUUCUCCGGAACCACCAACGUAUCAUAAUCACCCCCAGACUAACUCUACUAAAAAGACAAGUCUUACAAAUCCCUUCAAAACUAUUUCACAAACUCAGUACAGGGGUGACAUUAUAAUGGAUUCAUGUAAAGAAGUCUUUAUUGCUUUGGUAAAAAAUGACCAUGCCUUUUUCUCCAAACAGUGUCUGGAGGUUCACUGUGAUGGUGCUCAGGUUAUAUCAAAACACCAAGAUGUUGGCCAUUAUCGGGACGCUUAUCAGGGGUUUAAAAACUUUCUUAAAAACUUAGAAAAGGGAAAUUUAAUUGAAAACUACUCGGUACAAACAGCUUUUUGCUCUAAAGGAUGCAUGGCUUUUACUGGGCCGUACUCUCAUUUGAAGGAAUGUACGCUUUGCCAAAUCCCCAAGGACCCUAACUGUUGCUAUUACUACUUUAAGCCCGAGUUACGGAUUCGGGAGUUGUUCAAGGACCGAGUGUUUGCAAAAAUUAUGAGAUUUUUACCAGCUUACUCUCAAGAUUCAAAGAUCCGUGAUGUGUUUGACGGCCAACUUUUCAAAAGUUUAUUCAAGCACCAGAUAAAAAUCAAAAAUUCUCAAACAGGACGCUAUGAAUCUAAAGAAGGUGCGCCACACUACUUUGAAAAGUCAAAGGAUUCGUUGCAACUUGUCCUAUCUUGCCACAGCAGCGUCUGCACCUCAAGCCACGGUACUUUUGUUCUCUAUAGCGCUGUCAUCCACAAUCUGCCGGUAGGCACACGGCUUAACCCAUUUUUCGUGAUCCCCCUCAUGUCUGUUCCCCACAGUUCUAAACAGACCUCAGAGAGCUUUUUGCAACCAAUGAUGGAUGAUUUUAAACGCUGGGCGCAGGAUGGGGUGCAAGUCUACGAUGGGUACACCAAAACAGAGAUCCAAGUGAGGUGCAUUGUACCAUUUUUUUGUGGGAACCCACUAAGUGGGUUUGCGCCCCAAGUAAUGCCUUGCAACUUUUGUAAAGUCCAGUGUGGGCCUGAGGGCUUAACAACAACCAGCCGAGAUUUCGGACUUGGAAAAGACAAAAAGUGGUUGAAAAAUGCUAAAGAACAAGAAAUUGGUUUUAUUUCUCCAAUCCACAACUUAUUUUCUACAAUUUUACCUUAUUGUUUACCUAUUGAUGACAUUUUCUUUUUUGAAAACAUUUUUAAAAAAAUGUUUUCUUUAUUUCUGGAUCCCAGCUAUGGAAGUUCUUCGACUUUGUUGGAUGACUCAAACAAAAGAAUUUUGGAAAAAAUCAUUUUGCGGGCGCAAUUUCAACUCCCCUUGGAAAGUUUCAUGAAAGGAAACUUAAAAGACAUGAAUAUUGCCAUGUUUCGCGAUCUUUUGGAUCUUUUCCCCAUUCUGUUCAUGGAAUUUGAAAACAUGACAGAAAUAUGCACUACUUUUUUACUCUUAAGUAUUGUUUGCAAGGCUCUUAUGGGCGAAGAGAUUGAACAAAAGUAUCUGUCCGUUUACCACAAAAUGAUUUGUGCUGGUCUUGCACUUUUUGAAAAGUAUGUUUUGCCUGGACACCCUGCACCCAAAACGGUGGCAGAUAUUCAUUUUCAUAUGCUGUACCAUCUCGUCGACAUUAUCGAACAAUCUGGACCAAUUCGCAGUUUUGGCUUAGCUCACCAAACACCCAAUGAAAACUCAAACUUCCAGCAAGAUAUUGCAUACCACUUGCUUUCCAAGUUCCCCCAGGAAAAUACUCCCAUGGGUUCUGUUUACUUUUCUCAUCCUUUUGAAACUUCUACAAGAGGCUCCAGUGUAUCUCAAGGUAUUUUGAAAGCAGUUGUCAAGUUUAUUAUUCAUACAGACCGCGGUACCAAAGUCCAAGAUAUCGAGGCUGGGGCCGUCACACGCAACUUUUCCGUACUGGAAUUUGGGUCAGGUCGGGAGCCAAUUACUGCCGGGUCAGUUUUAUGUUUACCGCGUGUUGCUGCAUCGCCGCUCACAUUUUUGCACUCGGAAGCAUUUGUCGAGUGCACUUACAAUGACACAACGUACUACCUCGCGGUAGGGCGGCGAGUCAUUAGCACCAAGUUGGAGCCUAUUAGUCUAGCCACCAGUGCUUUUAAGUUUCCUCGUGAAUUGAAAAAGAGAAAUGCUUGCGAAGUAACCAAGGAACAAGAACAUAUUGCAUGUCUAGGGAACGAGUACGACCAAGUAACAGCUGGAUUUUACUAUUAUGGCUCAGAACUGCCUGUGGACAAAAAGCUUGUUGCAUAUAGCCUAAAGCGCAUCACGCACCAGGUAGUUCCUAUCAAGGGAGUUCGACAUGGAUCACAGGGAAUUCGAACAUACCUGAUGGAUAGCAACGUUGCCUUUACGCUGGGCAACAGCAAAUAUUCAAAUGAAACUGUGGUGACAGUGUUUCUCAAGGAAGAAGAGUAUAAUGCCAACAUUGGUAAGAUCAAGCGUAGAAACGAUGCUUAA